AUGGGGUUUACCACACACACAGUGUGUGUGCUCCUGUGUGUUUUGGUCUCAGGAUCAUGCUACACACUCCAGACUGUGGGCCAAUGUACGGUCAACAGAGAGAUGGCUUCAUUUGACUGCAGUGGGAAAAGACUUACAUCGGUACCAAAGCACAUCUGGAUGAACGUAACCGAACUGGACCUGUCUGAAAAUCUGUUAGACUUAACCCACCCUGACAGCUUCAAGCGCCUGAACCUCUUCAGCCAUUUAGUCUCACUGAACCUAUCAGGCAACUACCUCCCCCUACUGUUAAAAGACCAUCUCUACAGCCUUUCUUCUCUUAAAGUACUUGACCUAAGUAGGUGUAAACUGGCCGCAGUGGAGGCAAACGCUCUGACCAGCCUUUCCAGCUUACAGAUGCUCUUCCUGGGGGACAUUCAGUCGAUUGCAGUUAAAGACCUGAGAUUGAGUCAGUUUGUGGAACUUAGAGGAGAACAGAGUAACAGACAGAAAGUGGGAGACAGAGUAAUGAUGACCAGAGCAGCUAAACGCAUGGCACGCGAUGACCACAGUGAUGGAUAUUCUAAGGAUGUCAACCAUGGAGCCUUCCUUCGUAAACUAUUCACAGUGGAACCUACAAACAAUACAACUAAUGGCAUAGAACCAGAUGAUGAUAACAAAAUGUCUUCAGAAAGCUGGAAGGUCCUUGUGGCUGUUCUGGGGUCAGCUCUCACCCUCUCUGUCCUUAUCGCUUUGAUGGCCAAAUACAAAGUCGUGCACGAGUAUCUGGCAAGCUACAGACACUCCAGGCUCAGUGAAGUAGAUACCACGAGUCAGUGUGACCCUGCAAACUUUGAGGUGGGAUUCUCGACCCAGGGUGGCCCUGGGACUCGUGCAGCUGCACCUACCAGUGGCAUUGAGGAGGAUGACGAUGGGUUUAUUGAAGAUAACUAUAUUCAAGCGAGUGAGAGUGAAAGAGCCACAAGAGCAGCAGUGAUGACUGAUGAUGAUGACGAGGAGGAAGACAUUGAAUUUAGUAUUGGCUAGCACUAUUAAGUCUAAUGUUGUUAAAUCUUAUUUAUAAUAACUUGCAUUAAGUAGUCAGUAACAAACAUUCAAUACUCCAUAAUCAGUUAUCAAACUAUUCUUUGAUUAAUUCAUUGAAAAAAAAAAGAAUAUACUGUGGCACUAUUAAGGAAUUUGAACUCUUAAGCAAUAAAAAAAAAACAAAAAAAAAACUGUAAUAUUGUCAAUGAAAAAUGUAUAUAUUUUGGCAUAGAUGUCCAAAUAGUUUCCACUUUUUUGAAAGCAUCUGAAAAUAUAUGAAUCAACGUUGAAUGACAUUUGAAUGUACAGU